UCAUCAGCUGUUUGCGGGAUGCCCGGAGCGGGCGUAUUUUGGAAACAAUACCGCGCGGUGUGCCGUGGCCUCCUCCCGCGCCAGCUUGAGCCUGCAGCAGUCGCUGCGGCAGCCCGCGCCACCACCUCCCACCGCAGCCCGCUGGAGUUUGCCCCCUUCUUCCCAAUCGAGUGUGGGCACCAAGCCCCCCGAGUGUUCUUCACCCUGGACCCUGGCGCAGAGCCCUGGCAUCACAACUCGGAGGCUGAGACGCUGUCCUGGAGUCACCCAGGAGAGAUGGAGCCACCUCAGUGUGUGGAGGAGCUAGAAGAUGAUGUGUUCCAGUCAGAGGAUGGGGAGCCGGGGACCCAGCCUGGGGGCUUGCUCUCUGCUGACCUGUUUGCCCAGAGCCAGCUGGACUGUCCCCUCAGUCGACUCCAGCUCUUUCCUCUCACCCACUGCUGUGGUCCCGGACUCCGGCCCAUAAGCCAGGAAGACAAGGCCACUCAGACCCUCAGUCCAGCUUCCCCAAGCCAGGGUGUCAUGCUGCCUUGUGGGGUGACAGAGGAACCCCAGAGACUCUUUUACGGCAACGCUGGCUACAGGCUUCCUCUCCCUGCCAGUUUCCCUGCAGGCUCACCCCUUGGGGAGCAGCCCCCUGAAGGACAGUUCCUUCAGCACCGAGCAGAGGUGCAGAUCGCCAGAAAGCUUCAGUGUAUUGCAGACCAGUUCCAUCGGCUUCAUACGCAACAACACCAGCAGAACCGAGACCGUGCGUGGUGGCAGGUCUUCCUCUUCCUUCAAAACCUCGCCCUGAACAGACAAGAAAACAGGGAAGGGGUGGGUCCCUGGUGAGGCUGGACCGCCCUAGUCGGAUGGAUCACCAGAAAUGCAGUCUGGAACAGACAUUCUGGGAGGACAGAUACUGUCUUGUCAAGUUUUGUUAUCCUUAAUUUUCUAUCCAUGUGUACAUAUUACAUGCCCCAGUGGGAUCUUCUUUCCCCGUUCAGAACCUCCACUGGGGAUGGGGGCCUUUGUCAAACACUGUUGAAGGAGAGGCAGCUGUGUCUGCUGGUAGAGUUCCUAAGGCUCUGAAGAUGACCAGUUGGUGAUGUUCUCCAGGAAGUGGACUGAGACUUGCUACCGGAGCUGGUUAAGUCAGGUUAGGCUCCCAGUACCAUCAAACGUGUCAGCCUUCCUUUGUGCCUGAUGGGUCAUGGCUUUAGCCCAUCAGGACCCUGUCUGGAGCUUCCUGGCUAAGAACAACUGUGCCUUGGCUAGCCAGCUUCACGUCUGGGUUCCCACUUGGCACAGCCAGCGCCCACCGCAUGGGCUCAGGGAUUCUUACUCAGACGCUGUCAACCUCCGGAAGACCUCAGGGAGGGUCGGACUUCUCCAAGAACCCCUCAAAGGUGCCACAAAAUGAAUCAAACUUGAGAGGCUUCAAGUCUGACUUGGUCCUACAUGGAAGCCCCUUGAUUGGUCCCCAAGGGUGCAAACUACUGCCACCUUUGCUGGAGCCAAGUAGCCAGUCACCAUGCCGUUGUACCCAGUGGCCUGUGCCUUUGUCAGCUCUGUUUUCAGAAGACCCUGCCAAUGACUGGACUGGAUCUGUCUGCAUCCACCUUAGCAUAAGCACUUGGAGAUGGGGUGGGCUUGCUGGGGGCGUGGGAACCCAGCAGCCAUCCCACUGAUAAGUUGGUCCCAGGGGAAUCCUAGACCUCUUGGUUUCCUUGGAAACAUGUACCUCCUCCCCCUUACCCCCAUUCCUUUUCUGUACCUAGUGGGAUACAGGAAGUAGCUAGGACUGAGGCUUUGUCAGCUGAAAAAGUGACUUUGGAAGUAACAGACAAUGUUUAGACUAUGGAACCUGCAGAGCUGACGCAUCUUGAAUCUUCCUUUAGCUUUCAGCUAGGCCAGAAGGGAGAGUUCUAGAACCCAGCAGGACCUUAGCUGCCUGGGAGCUCCUUCCUUCUCUCCCCGCUGCAGUGCUCAGGGAGGGAACGAAAAGCAGCUGAUCUUAGAAAUUAAGUCCUAAGUGUUAUGUAUGUAAGGAAAGACAUUGGUGCUAUAAUGAAGAUGAGCCAAGGCUCAAAGAAAGAUGGCUUCCCUAAACAAAGAAGAGCACAGGAUUAUUCAAGGACUUUGGAGGAGAAACUCAGAGUAGACUCAAAUUGAACAAGCCCAGUGACUCCCCAUUCUGCAGAAGUGGGGGGGGGGGCGGAUUUCAGUACCAUAAAAGGGCACCAGAUCUCCUGGGUGUACAGGUUGGGCAGGUUUCUCCCUGCACAAGGCUACCUACAGAGGGGGCUCAUAGAGGCUGAGGUCCAGCCUGUGCCCUGUUCUCUAGGCUGCACAUCCUGAUGUGGGCAGGGUGUGCCCAGAGUAAGGGAUGUCUUUCCUAAUUUGCACAAAGGUACUGUGUGCACUCUCAGUGGUCCUGAGGAGGACCUUAAGGCAUGUGUAUAAGCCUUUGUGUUUUUCUGCUCAGAUGACCUGGAGAUAUUACCUCUUCUUGGCCACAAUCAUUUUUCUCAGGGUCUAUACCAUAGUUCGUCUGCUAAGAAAGUGGGUUCCUGUUUGCAAGGAGAGGGGACCCAAGUAAUGACUAUGAAGACUGGUUCUGAGGCACACUAAUUAUUUGUGAAGCCCAGCCUUCCUACAUCCCACCCUCCCUGCAGUUUAGAUGUGUGUGGGACAUAUGUGGUCUUCCCCUUUCCUGGAUCAAGGCUAUGACAGGCAGGCUUCUGGUAUGUGCUUGGUACAUGUGCUACGCUACAUGUGCUUGGUGGUACAUGCGUGCCCCUCCCCAUAAAGAACCUUGUACUUCAGUUAUCUUUAACACGACUUAGUAGACUUUCCAUCUGUCCUAAGGCACGACUGUCAGCUUCAGCAACCUUGCCAGGUGCAGGCUGGGUACCCUGUGGCCUGAGAACUGAGCCCAGAGUUUGACCUGAAUAUUGAGCCUGGGACCAGGCAGAAGCUGGUCAGAAUGUACUGUCUUCAUUUUGGGCCAAGCCGGGACCAAACUUACUAACUCAGGCAAGUCAGGGUGAAACUUAAACCCUCUUUUAUCUUUCUCCAACCUGAAUCCAGGCUGGAGUUGAAGCUCAAUGAUAAAGAGCUUGCCUGUUGGUCAAGAGACCCUUGGAUAGAUCCCAGGACUGUAAAAUAUAAAUAAAUAAAAAUAUGCCCCCUCUCUCCAACCUCUUGGAGGCAGCUGGCAGCCCAGCUCAAGAAGGCAAGAGGUUCCCCCUGGCUGCUUGCUUUAAUUGGCCGGUGAUCUCUGCCUGGUGAAUUGGUUUUAUAGUCUCCGAGUCCAGCCCCUGGACAACCCCUCCCCUUUGCCUCUCCAGAACUCCAGGAGCUUGGCUGUCUCUAGUGAAGAGUGGAGAUUCAGAUUCAGAGGGAGGGAGGGUCUGACCUGUGUGGUGACCUGUAACCAGCUGAAGGCAACAGGCUUUUGUGGUGUGCUGAGGUUGGGGGGUGGGAGAGGAGCUGGAAAACUCGGUGUAGAAAUGCCCUAGAGGAACAGAAGCCCUGUAUUCAGGGCCAAACUGCUCUCCUAAUUCACAGUCCCCAGGAGGCAUUUCUCAAAGCCAGUGAACAGAUCUGGAGAGGAACAUCCCCCAGUCCCGUCACUGACUCCCCCAGGGAGACUGGGGUGGUACGCAGGAGAGUGGGGGGAGGGUGGGCACUUUGCCUGGCCCUGUCUCUCUGUUUCAAAGUUUGGCUGUGCUGUUCAGUUGUCCCCAGUGGCCUUGUCUUGCUCAAUCAGAGGUGGAAAAAGAUCACCUCCCGGUGACCUCCUUCGGGCCCCAGGGGAUGGGCUGUGUCCAGAGCUAUGUGGCAGAGCUUGUUUCCAGAGCUCAGAGAGGCCCUGCUGGCCUGCCUUGCUGCCCCAGUGGUGAAACCCAAGCCCAACACUGAGCAUGGUAGGGAGUGGGUGUUGGGGACAGUCUAGCCAAGGCCCCUGUCUGCCCAAGACUUUCCAGGAACUAAGCAGUGAGGUCACGGUGACAGUCCUGGUCAGCGAGGAGAAUAUUCUGACGAGAGCUUUCCCAUUCUGGGACUUGCUAGGGGGAGGGGGGGGGGUACCAGUGUAUGGAGUAACAAGACAUCAGCCUUCGUGGCUCUGCAGGAUUUGGGGGAAUCAGUACGGUGGCCACUGUGGCUGCUAUGAAGAUAAGGCCUUUUGGAGACAGACUGUCCUAGCCUGAUACCCUGGUUGGACCUAGAGGGAUACAGGGUGGAGCCACGGUCAUCUCAAGUUUCCCGGGGUUCCUGUGGGCUGCAGACCUAGGGGACAGAGCCUCAAGGAAGACAGCAGAGCAAAGCUGAGCUCUUCCAUAUAUGCCAGCUUUGGCCAAGGUGCUAUGAGGUCUAUGACCCCAGGCUUGCACUGCCCCUUUCUCUACAGUUGUCUGAUGUCCACCCCAUCUCUGGGUUCACAGAAACUGACACGGGGAGACCCAGUGAGAUGUAGCAUUUCCCUCAUCCCCAGUUUGGUUGGCCUGGGGUCUGGGCAUCCUGCCUUAAGGAAAGGAAUGGGGACCAUUAUUUUUUAACCUGUAUAUAAUAUUUGACCUUUUUUUUUGGUUCUUUAUAUGUAUACAUGUGUAAAUAUCCUCUCACCCAUCAAGUGGUACAGUUUUUAAUAAAACCAUUUAAAGCAGA